AUGUCAAAAACUCAAACUGCCUAUAUUUUUGCAUAUUCCACGUCAUUUCUAAUAAUUUCAAUUUUGAUUUCUCUUGUGUGGUUCGCUAAGGAUUUGAGACAGUUUGAAGAGAAAUGUCAAUCACAAUUGGAACUUUUUCGAGAAUUCGAAAAACAGGCGUGGAAUGAUAUUAUUGGAUUGGAAAGGAUGGAGAAAGGUAGAAUGAAGAGACAGGUAAUUUGAUUUUUCAGAGAGAAACUACAGUAAUUCAGAGUUUUCCUGUUUAUAAUCCAAAUUGGUUUUCACAAUAGUAUUUUUUAAAAUUAUUUGUAAAUUUUCCGAAAAAAUUAUUCACAAUGUUUCCUGUUUCAAAGUCACAAGUUUUAGAAAAAUUUUCCAAUAAUAAUUUGUUUUUUUUUUUGGAAAAAUUGAAUUUGGGAUUUCAAACAAUUGAACGAAAUUUAUCCAGAAAAACUUCAAAACCAAAAGUUUCAGCCAUUUUUUGUUCGGCCAAUUUUUAUCCAAAAAAAAUGUUUCAAAAUGUUUUCUUCAAUUUUUUUUUAAAUUUUUGAAGUUUUUCUCUGAACAUGUUCGAUUUUUUCGAAAACCCCGAAUUUCAGAUUAAAUUUUAUGAGAAUUAGAAUUUGGGAAACCUAAAAAUACUCCCAAUUUUUCCAGAAUUACUACGGUCAAUCCAGCCUUCACCGUCAAAAGCGUCGUAAAAAGCGACUCACUCGAAAAUAUCAGGAAUCCAUUGUUCCGGAUAUUUCAGAACUUGGCGAAUAUGCGAAUAGUGAUAGAAGUAAAGAAGUUCCAGCCGAAAAAAUGGUUGAAGAUGGCGAUGGAGAAGAAGUACUCUUCAACAAAUUGAUAUAAAAAAUUUUUUUAAAUUUUUUUUGCAGGUGAAAGAAAGUUUGGGGGUUGAAGAAUUCGCCGGGGAGGAGAUGGAUAAUUCAGUGAAUAUGAAUAAGACUUUGGCUAACUUGACACAUACGGAAAAUGGAUUGGCACAACUUUUAGAAAUUCACAAUGAUAAUGAUGAAGUUAGCUCAACUACUAUGAAAACUUCUGAUACUAAAACUGAAGAAAAUGAAGAGGAAGAAGAAGAAGAGGAGGAGGAGGAGGAAGAAAUCAUUGAGGAAGAGUGCAAUGCAAAUGAGCAAAACUGUAAUUGUCCACGUGGCCCAGCAGGUCCGCCUGGAAUUCCAGGCACAGCUGGAGAAGAUGGGCCAGACGGUGUGAAUGGAACUGAUGGAAGUGAUUGGGAACUAGAAGCUGAAGAUAAGGUUAUAGUGUUAGGAUGUGUGAAGUGUCCGAUGGGACCGCCGGGAAUCGAAGGAGAUCCAGGGCCUCCGGGGGAUAAAGGUGUGGAAGGACGGCAAGGAAAACCGGGAUUGGAUGGAUAUGAAGGUUAUCCGGGUGAACCUGGAGAGGAUGGUUAUGACGGAGAUCACGGGGCGUAUGGUAGACAAGGAUGGCCAGGUCAACCUGGGUUGGAUGCGAAACAGUAAGUUUUUUCGAACCCCGGCAAUCAUUUUAUUUCCCAUUCUUACAUUUUGCAGUUACAUGAAUCCACGUGGCCCUCCAGGCGAACCAGGCGUCGCUGGUCCACCUGGCGAUAACGGUGAUUCAGGUGGCAUUGGCUCGGGUGGCCUCCGAGGUCUCAGCGGUUCAUCCGGCACUCCUGGUAAACAUGGAAUCCCCGGUCCACCCGGUGCACCAGGUCCUCCAGGAGAAGCUGGAAUCCACGGAGAAUUCUACGGUGGUCAAUGUCGAUGUCCAGAUCGUCGUCGUCCGAUUGGAGGUGGUGCACAAUAUCCGAUUGCUCCGCCCAUCUAUCAAACAUCUCCACCGAUUUAUUACACGUCUCCAAUAUAUGUCGAGCCGGCUACAACUACAGAAGUCUAUGUUGAGCCAACGACUACAACAUUAUUCCGAUAUUUUGUGAAGGCAGAAGCGCCGGUAGAAUAUCAAAAACCAGAAAUUGGAGGAAAAUCCGAAUAUGUCAAAGUGUAUGAGACAAUAUCAGACGCGCCUCCGAUUAGUAGCGAAGAUUCGAAUGUUCAUCGACCGGCGACUCCAGAAUUCGUCAGAAAGCGGAAACAUCGCCGAAAACAUUAUAAAUUUAUAUAA